GCGACGGCUAACUAAUGAGACCGAUUGUUUGACCACAAGUGAGAGUUGUUUGAUAUCGUUGUAGUAUCGGUGAAACUUGUUUUGCUAUUGCAGAAAUGUGGUAAUCUUCUUCCUUGGCUACUAAGAAGAUUUGUCCGAGCAGGUCGUUAGAAGACCACCCACGGAACUGAAUGCUUCUGGUACGGUGUAUGUUCACAGUUUCACAAACGCGCCAAUCCGGAGUACUGCUUAGGGAAACAUAGGAGGAGCAGCAAGCCUAGUCCCUGAGAAUCUACAUCCUCCACCAUCUGAGAGACUGGGGUGAAACUCUCAUCUAGAGUCCAUCCACUGGGAAGCUCCAUGGUUCAGGGCCCCUAAAGGGCUGGGACCAGCACUGAGGGCCAGAGGCAGCCGUGGAGGAAUGGGGUAGGGGCUGAGGACAGAGCCAUGGUUCAUAACGGCUCAGUCCCCCACACGCCACCACCCACGCCUCCGCCGCCGACACAGGUGGGCACCAAUGGCCGCUCUUCUGAGAGGAAGAGGACACCCAAGGCAUGUGACUGCUGUGGGCCCAACUCUAAGCUCCAUGAUGGGAAGGCCCCACAUGGGAAGACUCCGGGUGGCAAGUCCCGACAACGCAGGGCCCAGCCGGGGAAGGGCAAGGGCCAGGCACUGGGGGAGACCCCUAAGAGAAAGGGUGGCCGCCCCUCUUAUAAGAAGACCCUGAUGACAGAGGAGCAGGUAACAGCCAUCCGAGAGGAACUGGAGAAAGAAACUGCUGUGGAGCCGGUAACAAACUCUUUGGCUCCACCUGUAACCAACUCUGUUGGUCAACCUGUAACCAACUCUGUCGGUCAACCUCAAACUGUAACAAACUCUAUGGGUCAGAAGUUAAUGUACACUGUGGUUAAACUAGUGAAUAAGUCUGUGGUUCAACCGGUAACGACAUCAGUGGUUGAGGAUUUUGCUGAUUCAGAAAUGGAGCAGGAGAAAGCCUGUGAAGGGGCUGUGUGUGAGGGGGAGCAGGCCCCUGGUUCUGGUUCAGUCAAACAGCCGGUUACAGAUCCUAAAAUGGAAGUCGUAAAGCAGCACCAGCCCCAGGCUGGUGACCCAGCUGUCUCCCUCUCCAACGGUACAUCAGCUGUCCCCAAAGAGGAACCAACAGACUGUAGCGCCCCUAUGGAGGUGGAACCAUCAGCCAUAGCCUGUGUUUCCCCAGGCAUUAUUAUGUGCAGCACCCUCCACCCCUUUGCUCUGUGGGACCACCGAGAUUACUGCAAGACAGGAGUGUGGGCUCCAAGCCCUGAGCCGGAGAAGGAAAGUGCCACAGACUCAGCACAGCAGACCCAGCCAUCACCAAAACAACCCAAACCUGAAGAGGGCAACCAUGAAGGAAUCAGAGACCUCAUCCAUGAGUUCCUUGAGCUCUUCUAUGUGAAGUACGGGAGCUUCAUCCCCCUCAGUGAGACUGAUGUCUUGGAGCACCUGAAGAACAAGUGUAACACUGACUUCGAUGACAAGAAGCUAAACAUCCACUCAGAAGUGGUGAAGUACAAAGCGGGUCUAGCCUCCACCCCGAUGAACUGCUUUAAAGUGGACUACAACAAGCACACUCUGACCCUGGAGGAUCUGUCCACGCUGGACGACCAAAACUGGGUCAACGACCAGGUGAUAAACAUGUAUGGCGAAUUGAUCAUGGAGGCUACAGAGCACAAGGUUCAUUUCUUCAACAGCUUCUUUCAUAGGCAGCUGGUGGCCAAAGGCUAUGAAGGGGUUAAGCGAUGGACCAAAAAGGUGGAUCUGUUUUCCAAGAGUCUGCUGCUGAUUCCUAUCCACCUGGAGAUCCACUGGUCCCUGAUCACAGUAGACAUGGCCAACCACCACAUCCACUACUACGACUCACAGGGCAUCGUCUUCAAAUACACCAUAGAGAACAUCAUGAGAUACAUCCUGGCCGAGGCGAAGGAGAAGAAUCAAGCUACCUAUCAGAAUGGCUGGAAGAUGAUUAUAAACAAGGGUAUUCCUCAACAGAAGAACGACAGUGACUGUGGAGUCUUCGUAUUGGAGUACUGCAAAUGCCUGGCUUUAAAAGAACCUCUGCAGUUCACACAGCACGACAUGCCCAAAGUCCGCAAGAGGAUUUACAAAGAGCUCUGUGACUGUAAACUGAGUGACUGACUGAACACAGCAACACAGCUGAGAAAGUACCCCUGCCUUUCCAGUGGACCAUGGGUUAACAACUGUUUGACCGUUAUUGUAUAAUAUUGUAUAAGGGCCAUUAACACUUUUUUUUUUAAACGACAGGAGCCAAGGAGAAACGGAAGGAAAUGCCCUGGAAACAGGACACGUAAUUUGACUAACGACACAUAUGGUGACAGUCAGUCUUUUCUCGCCUUCAGAGGAGGGCCAGCGGUGCAUAUUCGGCCAGUUUUUUUGUUUUGUUUUUUAAAAUCUUGAUAACGGGAGGGAGGGAUCUGAGACUUUCAAUUCCUUUGGGAGUCGACGUCCACAAAGUUUCCACUGCUGACUGACUGUCCUGGGUCCGGAACUAACGCUGCUGCUAUAAGGUUUCAGAUGCCAGUAACGGACCUAUAUGUACUGAUAACGUUUCCUCACUUCAGUUCUUGAAAUGUAAGCAGCAGAUUAUAUGGGACAUUAGGUGAAACUUGAAGGUUCUUCUUUUAUAUCAUGUAAUCUCCACCUGACUGUAGUGUGAGGUACAGAACAAGAAGACUCAUCAAAGGCUAGCUUCGAAUUGAAUGUACUGUUUUGUUGCUUCUUAAUCUCAAACAGCUCUCUAGGGCUAGAUUCAAUCUGUAUCGCGGAAGAUCCGUAUUAAAAGUUAAAGGUAAUUUCCAAUUGAGCUGACAUAUGCAGCGUUUGCGUGGAUGCAGUCUCCGCGAACGCGGGAACAUUGCCUUGAAAUUUCAAUAGAGCGAUAAUGCGGAUCUUCCGCGAUACGGAUUGAAUCCAGCCCUUAGUUCUUGUGAAACUCCACUUUUCGCAUCAAAAAGCAGUUGAGACAAGGGCCUAGAUUCAAUCCGGAAUGCGGAAGAUCCGAACUAUAGGGAGAUUGCCUUUUUUAAAUUUAAAUUUUUCCGCAUUCGGUAAACAUUGCAUAUGUCAGGUCAAUCAAAAAUUACAUUUACAUUUAAAUUGCGCUAUUACAUGGAUCUUCAGGAGGAAAGUAAGAGUUAAAGUGGAGGUAUUUAGUUACAAUUGGCCAUCCUACUCCACUGAUAAUAGCUUCAUGACAACACCGCUCUUUCUGAUUCUGUUGAAAAUACACUUUUUCUUAUUGUUUCAAUAGCGCAUCUUGACAUAGUGUACUGAGGAAGAAGUAAUGCUACUGCAGUAGAACAGGUUUUUUUUUGGUGCCUUUUAUUGUACGAGGGGCUGGCAAGCUAUGGUUCUCAUUGGAGGACCACCAAGCACUUGAACUGACUCCAUUGGUGUCAGUUACCCAUCUUAGGGAGCUGGUGCUGGUCCACAGACUGGAUGGAGUUGGGAAACGCUGCUGUAGAACAUGCUGAAUCCCAUCUAUUCUGUCUGUCAUCCAUUUCAUUGAUGUACACUUGCUACCAUUAGAGAUCAUGUUCACAUCAUUCUCUGUACUAUGGUUAAAUCUGUUUGAUCUUCGUUGAAGGAAACGCUUUCUGGUUUUGAUUUCAUUUUGUUCAGUUCUUGAUUUGUAUUUAAGUUGCGAUGGUGUAGCCUGAAAUAUUGUAUUGCAAUUUCUUGAAGUAAUGCAGGGUUACACUUACAAAUAGAUACCCAGAGGGGUUAAAUUGGGAUUCUCUAGAUUUGUAAACUGUCCUCAAAAUUUGAUGGUUAUGGAAGUUCCCAAUGUAUGCGUCUCAUCCUAAAAUGGUGGAACAGUUUCCUUCCCAAGUUAACCCCUGAAUACAUUCAUACACAAACACAUGAUGUAGCUUGUAUGACACAGGCAUUCAUUUUCUCCACUUUGGUUUUAAAUCAUGUUUUUUGGUUUUAAAUCAUGUUUGAGAGAUUACUCCGGGUUGUUGCAACAGUGUUGACAGGAUGCCCAGCCACACAGAACAGAGGGGAAUCCUACAACACAAGCUAGAUUUACUCAGGGUUUCCUAAAGCUAACCAGCUUCUGUUAGCUUCACAUUCCAGGUCUGGCUUCAUCUGUACUAGGACGGUGGAUAUUGUUUGUCCGCCUGCCAUUAACUCUAGCAGGCUUCUAACUGCGCGUGCAUGUCACACAUGGCUAGUCGAACGCCAAGCUCUUCAUCGAGACAAUGCUGAAACAUCAAUCCAGGGGAAAGUCCGUGUCACAUUUUCAUUUGUGCUGAAAUCAAAAUGAAUACUUGCAAAUUCAGCAAGCUAUAGGCUCAAUCCUAAUGGUGUGAAAUAGGCUUUUAGAAGUGCUGGCUUAAUUGUAUUAUUUAUCGUUAAUGCCAUCUUUGGUGUGCUUAUCAAUGCAUAAGCACCUUUUCCCCCCCACUCCUAUUGAUAAAAAUAAUUGUAUCAAUUUUAUUUGUCAUACAAAAGUUUGUGUGUGAAGUUUCAAAUGCAUUCUGUCAAUACUAAAUAAUGUGAUAGGUAUUUUAACAUUUUACUAUUUUUAACAAAAAAAACAUUUGAUUAAUAAAAUAUUUAAUCAGUC